CUUUCCUCCAUUCUUUGCUUUCUCUGUUUUUGUUCUUUACUUUGCAAAGUCUUCACAUUUAACAGGGAGCACUGCAACGUGAAGAAAAGAGAGAAAGAAGAAGAAAAGAAAACUUUGUUUUAGAAAGACCGACCAAGCGGUCCAAGCGGGCCCGAGUCUCCCUCAAUAAAAGAGAGAGAGAACUCAACAAACCAACUCAAACCAAACCAACAUUCAUGGCUUCCUCCAUUUUUCCUCUACUCUCCCUCUUCCUCCUCCUCCUCCUCCAGCCUCUCUUCUCCGCCGCCAACCUCCGCCGGAACAGCCUCCUCAGGUCGGAGCUUCUCUCCCAGAGCACACCCCUGACCCUCAAUGCCACUACGCCAACUCUCUUUUUUGAAGUAACCAAACCCAUCGAACUCCCCAACACCAAGCCUUGCUCUCACUUCAUCCUCCAACAUGACUUUGGCUUCACUUACGGCCAGCCCCCGGCUUUUGCAAAUUACACACCUCCCUCGCACUGCCCAUCUAAGAAAUUCUCCAAGAUUGUAUUUGAAUGGAAUGCGACUUGUAAAGGCAGGCAAUUUGACCGCAUCUUCGGCGUCUGGCUUGGUGGGGUUGAGCUUCUUCGUAGCUGCACGGCGGAGCCGAGGGCUACCGGAAUUGUUUGGAGCGUUCAGAAGGACAUUACCAGGUAUUAUUCAUUGCUUAUGAAGAAUCAAACUCUUUCUGUUUAUCUUGGUAAUCUCGUUAACAGUAUUUAUACUGGGGUUUACCACGUGAAUAUAAGCAUUCAUUUUUAUCCUGACAAGAAUUCGGAUAAUUCAUUGCCCAAAUAUGAUUCUCCGGCUGAUUUGAUCCUACCCAUUUCCCGAAACCUGCCGUUGAAAGAUGGGUUGUGGUUCGAAAUUCAGGAUUCCACGGAUAUUGAGAGGAAGGAAUUCAAGAUUCCUCAAAAUUCUUAUAGGGCUCUGUUGGAGGUCUAUGUUUCAUAUCAUGCGAAUGAUGAAUUUUGGUAUCUGAAUCCUACAAACGAAUAUAUUGAGGCAAAUAACCUCACUGAUACGCCCGGAAAUGGACCUUUUAGGGAGGUUGUGGUCAGUCUUGAUGGGGAAGUUGUUGGUGCAAUUUGGCCUUUUACUGUGAUCUAUACUGGAGGGCUCAAUCCCCUCUUCUGGAGACCCAUUACUGGCAUUGGAUCAUUCAAUCUACCUUCCUAUAAUAUUGAAAUCACCCCGUUUUUAGGAAAGAUACUUGAUGGAGAGGCCCACAAUUUUGGAUUUAGUGUGACAAAUGCCUUGAAUGUUUGGUAUGUAGAUGCAAAUUUGCAUCUUUGGUUGGACAGAAAGAGCACAAAAAUUGAAGGGAAGCUUUUGACGCACAUUAGCUUACCUGAAGUUGUUUCUGUGGUAUCCAAUUUUAAGGGUUUAAAUGGAACAUUUUUGACUAGUGGAAGCAGGUCCAUAUCAUCAGCUGGAUGGUUAAAGUCCUCCCUUGGGAAUAUCACGACCCAUUGGUUUCAAAACUUCAGUUACAGUAAUUCAAUGGUGAUGGGGAACGAUGGGGAUUUGCAGAUUGUGGAUCAAAUCAUCCAUUUCAAUGACAGUGUUCAAGCAAUGAUCCCAUCCUCUUCUGUUUACUCAACAAUGUCACACAAAAAAUACGCCGUUCAUUUAUACUUCAACAGCUUGGAUCAAGGAAAUGAAACUUAUUUCUCUUUUGAAAAUAUAACAUUGGGAUUUAAUGAGAAGAAUUCUGAGGCUGCUGGUUUUGGAUUAUCAAAUAGCUCUCUCAAAAAUGUGCAGAAUGCGCAGAGCUCUAUGGCUGUCAAGGACAAACUGGUAGUUCGUGUAUUGGGCAGUACACAACAAGUGUACAAAUAUAAUGCCAGCAAUUUCUGUUACUUUAGAAAUAUAAGCAGCUCAAACUACACAAUUCUUUAUGAUAAAGUGGUAGACGCAUGCCGUACGUAGAAGAACACAGUACUCUCAUUUUGGUCCUGGGUUAAGCAGAUGGUGGACUUGCCCUGCUCGAAGGACUUUUCUAGGAUCCGCUAAUAUUGGUGAUUCUUCUAUUGUACGAUAUCCAGAGAAUUCCUGCUAAUGGGUAAUGAAAUAAAAAGUAAGUGCAUUGUAAUCUAUAAUCAUUAUGAAGACAGAUUUCUUUUCUGGAUAUUCUUGUAAAUUGUUAUUAAGUUAUUUGCAUCAGUAGUGAUUCUGCUUUUGUUUUUCAA